CAUUUUGCCGGAAAACCCGAUUUUCUCUCCCCGCGUUCCUCUCUCUCUCUCUCUAGAUUUUUCUCCCAAUCAAAUCAUACAUAUGAUAUAACCUCCAAUUUGACUCUCUCUCUCUCUCUCUCUCUCACUAGGGUUUUCAGAAUCUGAUCGAGCUCAGUUCUUUGCCCAAGGGAGCAAAUUCAUAGCUGAGUUUUAAGCUCUGUUCAAUGCUCAACUCUCUCUGCUCGAUCUGUUGAUGUCUCCACUAAGUCAAGGCCUCGGAAAUGUCGAAACGUAGAGUAAAAUGAGCAAGACAGAAGUAGUUUCGACGAUGAAGCCAAAGCCACCUCCUGUUCCUCUCGGGACGCUGAUCGGUCGAGAGCUGCGGAACGAGAAGGUCGAGAAGCCUACAAUUAAGUAUGGGCAGGCUGCUCUGGCCAAAAAAGGCGAGGAUUAUUUUCUGAUCAAACCCGACUGCCAGAGGAUUGCGGGCAAUCCGACGACAUCAUUUUCAGUUUUCGCGAUAUUUGAUGGGCAUAAUGGUAUAUCGGCUGCUAUAUUUGCAAAGGAGAAUCUGUUAAACAAUAUUAUGAGUGCAAUUCCACAAGGCAUUGGUAGGCAAGAGUGGCUUCAAGCCCUUCCUCGGGCAUUAGUUGCUGGUUUUGUGAAAACAGAUAUAGAGUUUCAGCAGAAAGGAGAGACAUCUGGGACAACUGUUACAUUUGUUGUGAUUGAUGGGUGGACUGUGACUGUUGCAUCUGUUGGGGAUUCACGAUGCAUAUUGGACACACAGGGGGGUGUGGUUUCUCUGUUAACUGUUGAUCAUAGGCUGGAAGAGAAUGCAGAAGAGAGGGAGCGUGUCACUGCAAGUGGGGGUGAAGUGGGGAGGCUCAAUGUUUUCGGGGGCAAUGAGGUUGGUCCACUCCGAUGUUGGCCUGGUGGAUUGUGCCUUUCUAGGUCAAUUGGUGACACAGAUGUGGGGGAGUUCAUUGUCCCAAUACCUCAUGUUAAGCAGGUGAAGCUUUCAAGCGCUGGAGGAAGACUUAUAAUUGCAUCUGAUGGUAUAUGGGAUGCGUUAUCAUCUGAUGUGGCAGCACAGUCUUGCCGUGGUUUACCAGCGGAACUUGCUGCAAAGCUGGUUGUUAAGGAGGCUCUCAGAUCAAGAGGCCUGAAGGAUGAUACAACUUGCCUUGUUGUUGAUAUUAUUCCCUUUGACCAACCAGUCUUGCCUCCGACCCCAAUGAAGAAACCAAAUUUGCUUAGUUCACUUAUCUUUGGAAAGAAAUCUCAAAAUUUUGGGAACAAAGCAACAAAUAAGCUUUCUGCUGUUGGGGUUGUGGAGGAAUUGUUCGAGGAGGGUUCUGCAAUGCUUGCAGAAAGGCUGGGUACAGAUUUUCCUUUGGACUCAAACUCUGGGCUCGUCAGAUGUGCAGUUUGCCAAGUGGAUCAAUCGCCGAGUGAUGGUUUGUCUGUUAACUCCGGGCCCUACUUCUCACCUGCAUCAAAGCCAUGGGAAGGCCCCUUCCUUUGCGCAAAUUGCCGGCAAAAGAAAGAUGCCAUGGAAGGAAAGAGGUCCAGUAGACCCAUAAUGACUGCAUAAUCUGGUAACGCAGUAAAUAUUAAUAUAUUUUUUCUCUGGCAGUGUGAGCAUGCUUUGGUUUUUUCUUUUGCGGUGGUCAUUGUUAUAGAUGUGUGUAAGAAAUGAAGUAGAGAUAUUGAAAGGUAGGUGGUUUUUUCUCUUUGCAAUUGGCAAAAAAGUUUGUGUUGGUUGUGGUUUGUGCUCAACUGUUGGACUGACUGACAGAGAACAUCAUGCUACCUGAUGCUUAUGGUUGUGAUAGUUUGAUUGCUAACAGCUUGAAUAUGCAAGUAAAAAUGAUUGUUGCAAUGACAUCUUCUGCAAUAUUUCAUUCGUGUUGAACA